AUGCGUGAGAUUGUCCACCUUCAAACCGGCCAAUGUGGCAACCAAGUUGGUUCAUCUUUCUGGCAAACCAUCUCCGGCGAACAUGGCCUCGACGCAUCCGGAGUGUAUAAUGGCUCGUCGGAUCUAGAGCUGGAGCGGAUGAACGUCUAUUUCAACGAGGCCGGCGGCAAGAAAUACGUCCCCCGCGCGGUUCUUGUCGACCUGGAACCAGCCACGAUAGACGCCAUUCGUUCCGGUCCCUACGGAGCUCUCUUUCGACCGGAUAACUUUGUCUUUGGGCAAUCGAGUGCGGGAAACAAUUGGGCAAAGGGCCAUUACACUGAGGGUGCGGAGUUGGUGGACCAGGUGGUGGAUGUCGUUCGUCGGGAAGCGGAGAACUGUGACUGCCUGCAGGGGUUUCAGAUCACUCACUCGUUGGGCGGUGGCACUGGGGCUGGAAUGGGUACGCUGCUGAUGUCAAAGAUCCGUGAAGAGUUCCCGGACCGCAUGAUGGCGACAUUUUCCGUGAUGCCAUCCCCCAAGGUUUCGGACACGGUGGUGGAGCCCUAUAAUGCCACUCUCUCCGUCCAUCAACUGGUCGAGCACGCCGACGAGACAUUCUGCCUUGAUAACGAGGCCCUCUAUGAUAUUUGCAUGCGCACUUUGAAACUAUCGUCGCCUUCGUACGGUGAUCUCAACCACCUGGUGUCGACGGUUAUGUCGGGCAUCACAACAAGCCUUCGAUUCCCAGGCCAAUUGAACUCCGAUCUGCGGAAGCUGGCUGUUAACAUGAUCCCCUUCCCUCGGUUGCAUUUCUUUAUGGUUGGCUUUGCGCCGCUGACCAGCCGAGGGUCCUAUUCCUUCCGCAACGUGUCGGUUCCCGAACUCACCCAGCAGAUGUUCGACACCAAAAACAUGAUGACUGCCUGUGAUUUCCAUAACGGACGGUUUUUGACUUGUUCCGCACUUUUCCGUGGUAAGGUGUCCAUGAAAGAAGUCGAGGACCAAAUGCGCACCGUACAGAACCGCAACUCCGGGUAUUUUGUCGAGUGGAUUCCUCAUAAUGUUCAGACGGCGCUCUGUUCCGUUCCGCCCAAGGGAUUGAAAAUGGCAUCUACGUUUGUUGGAAAUUCCACAUCGAUCCAGGAGCUGUUCCACCGCGUGGGCACCCAAUUCACUGCCAUGUUCCGUCGGAAGGCAUUUUUGCAUUGGUACACUGGUGAGGGGAUGGACGAAAUGGAGUUUACGGAGGCCGAAAGUAAUAUGAACGACUUGAUGGCCGAAUAUCAACAAUACCAAGACGCCACUGUCUCUGACGGGGAGGAGGUGUAUCCCGAGGAGGAGAUUGUCGAGGGGGAGGAAUGA